AUACAAGCACCGAGACAAACGCGAGCUUGAGCGAGCGGGUCUCGCAAGGUCUAGCAUCUAGUAAUACGGAGUUCCGACCAAUCUUUUGUGGGUUUCACAAUCAUGUCUGGGAACGUCGGCAUAUUCGAUGCGAACCCGUACGAAUCGCACGCCAGUCUAACCGUGCUGGAGGCGAAUGUUUUGUGGGAGUACGCCAAAUUAUCGCAACAUGUCAAAGAUUUGACCGUUACCACGAGACGGCUAUCGGAAGGACCAGAUGAGAAUCUUAUUGCGCGUUUAAGAGUGUUGGAGAGAAAAAUGGGCUUGGUGUUGACAUUGUUCAAAGCAUCAGUCUGGGGCGUCAUCAACGAGCAGCCAGUCCAAGAGAUUGAGGGUGAAUAUGCGUACGCGACGGCUGACACUACUCUACGAAGAUGA